UUAACCCAAAUUCAUAUGAUGAUUCAAACCUGAUAUCUCUCUCGUCUGUAUAUUUCAUUGACCUGAUAUGAGCUCUGCAAAGCUAAGCGCAUUUUCAGCAAUCAGAUCAUCCCUUAACCAGAAAUCCGCUUCAAGAAGUACAAUUACUUGCUCGGAAUUGGAGACUCUUUUAACCCAAUGCCGAAAUCCGAGGCUCUUUUAUCAAAUUUUAUGUCAAACCAUCUGCUCUGGUCUUAUCAGAGACACUUAUGCUGCUAGCAGAGUUCUCAAGUUUUCCACCGAUUCACCCUUUGUUCAAAUUGAUUAUUCUCACAAAAUCUUCACAAACAUCGACAACCCAAACGGCUUCAUUUGGAACACAAUGCUGAAAGCUUUUGUGCAACGGAACAGAGCAGAAGAUGCAAUCUUUCUGUACAAAUCAAUGUUAAAGAACGGUUUUAUGUCCAUCGACAACUACACCUACCCCAUCUUGAUCCAGUGCUGCUCUCUCCGUUUCUCCGAGCUCGAGGGGAAAGAGGUGCACGAUCAUGUCGUCAAGAUGGGAUUCUGUGGCGAUGUUUACGUGGUGAACAAUUUGAUAACUAUGUACAGCGUGUGUGGGCGAAUUGGCGAUGCGCGCAAGGUGUUCGACGAAAGUCCUGCAUUGGAUUCGGUUUCUUGGAACUCAAUAUUGGCUGGAUAUGUUUCGGCGGGGAGCGUUGAGGAUGCGAAGGCGUUGUAUGCUCGAAUGCCUAAACGGAAUAUCAUUGCUUCUAACUCUAUGAUAGUAUUGUUGGGGAGGAGUGGUAGGUUGAUUGAGGCACAUCAACUGUUUGAUGAAAUGGAGGAGAAGGAUGUUGUGUCAUGGACUGCUAUGAUAUCUUGUUAUGAGCAGAAUAUGAUGUAUGAAGAGGCCUUAGAUAUGUUCUUGGCAAUGUGUAGGAAAGGAAUUAGUGUCGACGAGGUAGUCCUCGUCUCCGUGCUCUCUGCUUGUUCGCAUUUGGUGCGGGCGAGGAUGGGGGAAUCAGUUCAUGGUUUGGUCACAAAAGUUGGUUUUGAAUCUUAUGUGAAUCUGCAGAAUGCUCUGAUUCACAUGUAUUCGAGAUGGGAGGAUGUCUCUGCAGCAGAGAAGUUGUUCGAAGCUGGCUGUGUUUUGGACAUGAUUUCUUGGAAUUCUAUGAUAUCUGGCUACAUCAAAUGUGGGUUGGUGGACAAGGCUAGGGAGUUGUUCGAUAGCAUGCCUGAGAAGGACGUUGUGUCGUGGAGUUCAAUGAUAUCCGGCAAUGCCCAGCACGGCAAUUUCUCAGAGAUGUUAGCGUUGUUUCAUGAGAUGCAGCGAGGAGGUGUUGUUAAGCCCGAUGAGACCACUCUGGUGAGCGUGGUCUCAGCGUGUGCCCACCUUGCUGCCCUCGAGCAGGGCAAGUGGUUGCACGCUUACAUACGGAAGAAUGGGAUGAAGGUGAACAUGAUCCUCGGCACAACUCUCAUCAACAUGUACAUGAAGUGUGCAAGUGUUGAGGAAGCUAUGGAGGUCUUCGAUGGGAUGGAGGAGAAGGGCGUUUCUUCGUGGAAUGCCCUGAUUCUCGGCCUGGCCAUGAACGGGCAGGUGGAGAGGUCGCUUGAGACGUUUGAGGAGAUGAAAAGACGCGGAAUGUUGCCAAAUGAGGUAACUUUCGUGGCAGUUCUUGGUGCUUGCCGGCAUAUAGGUCUGGUGGAGAAGGGGCGUGAGUGUUUCGAUUCUAUGGUGAAGGAUUACGGCAUUGAACCCAACAUUAAACACUAUGGAUGCUUGGUGGAUCUUCUUGGGAGAGCCGGGUUGCUGAAGGAAGCAGAGGAAGUUAUCGACACGAUGCCUAUGGCAGCCGACAUUGCUACUUGGGGCGCUCUGCUCGGAGCUUGCAAGAAACACGGUGACAAGGAAAUGGGGGAGAGGUUAGGGAGGAAACUAAUCCAACUCGAGCCUCAGCACGACGGCUUCCACGUGUUGCUGUCGAAUAUCUAUGCUUCCAAAGGGAACUGGGAGAAUGUGGUGGAGAUCAGAGAGAUGAUGACACGGCAAGGUGUGGUUAAAACUCCCGGAUGCAGUGUAAUCGAGGCCGGUGGUGGCGUGCACGAGUUCGUGGCCGGAGACAGAUCACACCCGCGGAUGAGGGAGAUCGAGGCGAUGCUGGCGGAGAUGGUGAGGAGGUUGAAGAGCCUAGGCUAUGCACCGGGCACGGAUGAGGUUUUGCUUGAUAUAGAUGAAGAAGAGAAGGAAACUAAUCUGUUUAGACAUAGUGAGAAACUGGCUAUCGCCUUUGGCUUGUUUGCAACGGCUGCUCCUGCACCCAUUAGAAUAGUUAAAAAUUUGAGAAUCUGCAGUGAUUGUCACCAAGCAGCAAAAUUGGUGUCUAAAGCUUUUGAUCGUGUUAUUGUGGUUAGGGAUCGACACAGGUUCCACCAUUUCAGCUCUGGUUCUUGCUCCUGCAACGAUUAUUGGUAAAUUAAUUGAUGAUAUAUGAUUCCCAUUU